CCUUUAAUCUCUUUUUCACUGGUCGAUUACAUAAAAAUGAUGGUAAACCUGUUGUCGUGUAUUGUAUAAUUGAGUGUCAAAAAUGGAAAUGAACUCUGUUCAGUGCAGUUAUCUCUUGUUCAAACAUUGGGAUUUUCAUUAUGUGAAUAUGAACUCUUGAAAGUGUAAUUUUAUACAUGGGUGGAUUGAGAAUGUCUUCUGGAUCUUCGGGAAGACGGUCAGAUUUUAAAGUUUUCAUUGAUCUUUUUUUUCUGUUGGAAGACCAUCAAAAUGGAGGAUGGAUCAACAAAGUUUUAAUUAAAAUUUAGAAUACUGUCAGAAAAUAUCUCAUGGCUAAUUAACAAGCAACAUAAUCAUACUUUCAGUUAUUUUGUAUGAAAUGAAAAAGUGCAAUGACACAUUGGGAAUUGAUUUUUUCUUACUAUUUUUGCACAGCUGAUGCGUAUGGCGUCACGUCUCUGCAAGAGACAAAAACUGGAUGAUUCUGCGACUUCAACUGACACUAUAUCCUCUUCGGAUGCUAAUGGCUCCCCCCCUUCGCUGGGUAAAGACCUAAACACUCUGGAGAUGAUGGCAUUAAAAACAUUGGGUGGAAAAGCACGGUUAAAUGACAGUGACGAGGAUCCAGAAGAGUCAGUUUCCCUGCAGCAGGGUCAAGACUCUGCUAGGCUCCAGCAGGGAGAUGGUACAUUGGAUGCGGUAGUAAAUACAGAAGCCACUAAUGGAAGGCAUCAGCAAGAGUAAGGGGUCUAAUAAAAUCUGAAGUUACUGUAUACUGAAUCUGAUCCAUGCUUUGUGAAUAACUAAGAAUUAACACUGGGAAAGAAGUUUUGCAAAUGUUACACAAAAUUUAUACAUUUUUUUUUUUUUUUUGUUAUUUACAACAGGCUGCAGGUUAUUUUCUUAUAGAGCUGCUGACAAACUAAGUUUGUUUAAACUUGAUGCCCUGAAAAAGAUACCAUUGAAAACUGUGUAUGUGGCUAUAAGGUUAAGGGCUAGGCUGAUUAUUGAACUGAAGAUGGACAUGAUUUUAUCAGGUGUUCUGGCCUUGGCAGUGCUACUGGAAAAUGAUAUUGCCUGUUAGAAAAUAACAAGAAAAUGUUGAAUAUAUUGGGAUCUUUGGCUAUAUUUACCCUUUUUUAUAGAAUGAUUUUGAUUUCAAAUGAUACAGGUUGUUUCACAGAAGGAGACCAAUUUAUCUAUGCAGAAAAAUAUUGCUGAUGUUGAUGUGUAUCCUAAGGGUUAAUUCCCACAGACACUAUCAGUCCAAGUAGAUAGAUCCAACUCUGCAGGGACACCUGCUGAGUGCAGUGACACUCCUCUUGUUUCCAUCGGACUUGUAUAAUCAUCAGGGCCCAGUUUACUAAACACUAGAUACAUACUUUUGUCUCUAGUGGUUAAAAAUGCUGCUUUUCUCAGGAUCACUGUCCAGAGGACAACAAUUUUAUCCAAUGGAUGGUGUUAAUGAAACUGGGCCCAGCUUUUUCCUAUUCUAUUCAAUGCCAGGAGGAGGCUUGUCAUUUGGUUAAGCUGAUUGCACUCAGCAAAAGUCCCCACAGAGCUGUAUUGAUCUAUGUAGACCAAUGAUGUCUAUGGAAAUGCCCCCUAAAUCAGACCUUUAAACUUGUUCACAAAGCAUGUUUCUCUCAGUGUACCAAUGUUACUCCUGUGUGAGAACCAAGCACACACAGGAGGACAGGUGCAACAUUUGGCCAUGAAGUAUACUUAAUUUUUAGCAACUUAAAAAUUAGUUCUGUAUAAGACCAAAGCAUAUA